CCUAAAUAUUGCUUUAGUUAUUUACUCUGUCGUACAUUUUGGAAAUACGCGCCAUCUUAGCUGUGAUACUUGAAUAUCUUUGACGACAACAUUUGAAAUAGAUGUGUGUUUUGAGAAGUGCGCCAAAAAGGUCAUCAUGUCGAGUACGUCACAGAAACAUAGAAAUUUCGUUGCUGAGCCUAUGGGCAACAAGCCGGUGACCGACUUGGCAGGAAUCGGCGAAGUCCUAGGCGGCAGAUUUGAGAAACUCGGAUUUGAUAAAGCAUAUGUUGUGUUGGGACAGUUUUUAGUUCUCAAGAAGAAUAAGGAAUUCUUUAUUGACUGGAUGAAAGAUUCAAUUGGUGCAAAUCAAAAACAGGCAACUGAUUGUUACCAGUGUCUGUCGGAUUGGUGUGAUGAAUUUUUGUGAAGUAGGCAAAAAGGCAUUAAUAACUUCAUUGCCAUUAUCAGACUGAAUAUACCAAUUUUAAUGUAAGAUAAAUCACAUGUGGCCGUGUUGUACAUGUUUAAUUUUUGUAUUUGCUGCCAGUGCCUGUUGAAUAUAUUGUGUAAUUAUUGAAAUCUGUAAGUGAAAAUUUUACAUCUUAAAUUUAUAAUCCGCUGAGACACUGUUCACAAGUGCUAAAUGUACUGUAUUUAAUAACUAUCAUUUUAAUUGUGGUUGAUAUGACAGGGAACAUUUCUUAAAAUAGAAAUUUUUAAGUCUUGAAACAACAUAUAAAUCUCCUGCUACAAUAUAUCAGGAAAAUUCUGGAGUAAUGUGAAUAUCUUGUUAUCAGAUGUUAUAUUUAAUAAAGUGUUGUUACUA